CGUCCGCAUGGCGCUGCUCACCGCGUCGCUCAUCGGCCUGCAGUGCGCGCCCCGCCACCUCCAACCGGCCCCCCCUCGUCGCUAACGCGCCCGCAGGAUAACAUGGAACGUCGAGAUGACGUACUGCACACCCUACCUGCUGGAGCUGGGGCUGACCAAGUCGCGCAUCUCGCUGGUGUGGAUCGCGGGCCCGCUGUCCGGGCUGAUCAUGCAGCCGCUGGUGGGCGUGAUCGCGGACCGCUCGACGUCGCGGUACGGGCGCCGGCGGCCGUUCAUGGUCGGCUGCACGCUGCUCACGUCGCUGUUCUUGCUGCUGCUGGGCUGGACGAAGGAGGUUGUGCGCUGGUUUGCGACGGACAAGGACACGGUCAAGAAUGCGACGAUUGUGCUCGCUGUGUUCAGCAUCUAUGGGAUUGAUUUCGCGAUCAAUGCCGUGCAGGGUAGCUGCAGGGGCCUCAUUGUUGAUACCUUGCCGAUUCCGAAGCAGCAGGCGGGGAGCAGUUGGGCGAGUCGGAUGGUUGCUGUGGGGAGCUUGGUGGGGUAUGGGGCGGGGGCUGUUAAGCUGGAGAGUGUCUUUGGGACGCUGCUGGGCGAUACGCAGUUCAAGCAGCUCACUGUGUUCGCGGCGUUCUGUCUGUGUCUGACCGUGGGGCUUACGAGCUGGGCUGUCACCGAGAGGGUACUGAUUGGACAUGAUGGCGAGGAGAAGCUGAGCACUACAAAGGUCUUGACGGACCUCGCAAAGUCGACCUUCGACCUGCCUGCGACCAUCAGGACGAUCUGUUAUGUGCAGUUCUGGGCAUGGAUCGGCUGGUUCCCGUUCCUGUUCUACAGCACAACCUGGGUCGGCGAAGUCUACCUCCGCUACGACGCACCAGCUGCUGCCAAAGACUCCAAUGACAUGACUGGGCAAGUCGGCCGGAUCGGCUCCCUGGCACUCAUCGGCUUCUCGGUCGUCACCUUCAUCAUGUCCGUCCUGCUACCCUUCGUAGUCAAGAGUCCCGAAGGCGAAGAAGCCCCUUUCACCGCGCGCCCCCCAGCCAAAAUCGCUACUCUCGUCGAACGCGCUGGGCAACUCAAACCCUCCCUCCUCACCGCAUGGACAAUCUCCCACUGCGUGUUCGCAGGCUCCAUGUGUCUCGCGCCCUUCGUCCAGUCCCUGCGCAGCGCAACCCUCAUCAUCGGCAUCUGCGGCAUCUCCUGGGCUAUAAGCUGCUGGGCGCCCUUCGCCUUCCUCGGUGUAGAAAUCAACCGGCUCUCCUCAUCGCCCUCCUACGUGCCCCUCGGCCGCAACUCCAUCGACCUCGACGCGCCCACGCUGCACCUCGGGCCGCCCGACGCCGAAGCCCAGUCGACCGGCGAGGGCUCCGGCAAGUACCUCGGCAUCAUGAACGUGUACACCACGCUGCCGCAGUUCGUGGGCACGGGCAUCAGCUUCGUGGUGUUCAGCGUGCUGGAGCCGGGGAAGAGCCCGGAGCUCAGCGACGCGCCGGCCGAGGAGCACCAUGGCACCGAGGGCGUCAAUGCGAUUAGUGUGUGUUUGUUCAUUGGCGCUGUGUGUGCGGUUGUCGCUGCCUGGACGACGGUCAAGUUGGGCCGGAUUGCGAGGUUUUAGGCGUCCGUAGCUAAUACACACUGGCGGUCCUGCCGUGCAGGGGCCGUUUUACACAUCUUUUCAGAGCUGAGGUGAGAUGUUGGGCUGCGAUGGCCCGACUGUGGAGGUGUGGACACAGGCGCAGCCAA